GUACAGUAAUCAAACAUGGCGGACAGAUGUCUUGCUCCGUCUGUCAACUAUUCAGAAGGUUCAAACGAGAUCACUUUGUACAGAGGUAAUCAACCAAUUCUCAAGGCAGAACAUGGAGUUACCCUUGGUCUUUUGAAGCUGAUCUAUUCUACUGAUGACACUUACAGUGGGAUUCUACUGGGAGUUAAACCACGGCUAUCAAACCAAGAAUUGCCAAGAUUGGUGACUUCCGACAGUACAUCCUUAACUCAUGCUGAGUAUGAUUUAAUUGUUCAAGCUGCUGGCAAUCCAGAAUGCACUCAAAGUGAAGCAUCUAAGCAGCAAGCCAGUGCAGUUACCCAAAGACCAGUAUCCAAAGAAGGAAAUGUCACAGCUUGUGACAGGAGUCUUGCAAGGAAUCCUAGGAGACAAAUUACAAACAUUCAAUCUAUUUCAUCAAGCUUUCAAACGCAAAGACAGGAAUCUUUAAAUGAAUCUGACAAGAGCUUGGGAUCCUCUUCAGGUGAUCUAAGGGGCGACAUGAGCCAUGACCAGCUGUCAUCAUCCAAUCUGUCUCCUGGUCCAGCCGUGGAGCCAUUUAAUCAUCGUUGCCCUCUUCCUUCCCAGCAGGAACAUGUUUCUUCUAAAAGUUUUUCAUAUGUGAACUUUGAACAAGUUCACGAUCCUCCAGAUUCAACUGUUCAAGAGUCUGACAUCUCAGGGUUUGUUUUGAAUACAGGGACAAGAUCGUGUGACACUGUUGAUGAUGGUGACAAAGUGGAUGAGUCAAGUGAUAGCCUUGAGCCUGACUGCAAGGAUUCUGUAGAAGUGCAGUUCAAUCCAGAAGAAUUUAAUUUUAACAUCGCCUCAGUCAUUCCAUUUCAAUCUGAUAAAGGCAAUCGCUGGCCAUGUGAUCGCUGUGGUAAAGACUUUUGUAGCUCCAGUCAUCUAAAGCGACACUGGAUUCUCCACACUGACUUCAAGCCUUACAAGUGUAAAGUUUGCAACAAAUGCUUUCCUUUUCAAUGGGACCUAAAAAAGCACAUGACAUCACACACUGGUGAAAAACGAUUUAAAUGCCCCUUGUGUCCAAAGUCAUUCAACACACACAAAGAACUCGGAAAUCACAACUGGCUUCACACAGGAAAGAAGGAACACCAAUGCCAUGUAUGCCAUCACGAAUUUACGUCACUUGGUAACUUGAAAAUUCACAUGAGAAAGCACACGGGCGAGAAGCCGUAUAAAUGUGAAUACUGCCCCAAGUCAUUUCACAUGCUGGGUCACUAUCAAUACCAUGUGCGCCAUCACACGGGAGAGAAGCCAUAUGAGUGUAAUACAUGUGGCAAGGCAUUCAGUUACUCCCACAACCUGAAUGAACACAAGAACGUACACACUGGCUACAGACCAUACAGUUGUUCUCAGUGCGAGAAGAAAUUCACUCACCGCUCAACCUUCAAACAGCAUUUGCUAAUGCACUUGGGAAGUAAACCCUACAAGUGUCACGUGUGUUCCAAGUCAUUCGUGCAGAGCUCCAAUUACCGCAGACACAUUCUCACUCACAAGAACAAGGAAGAAAGAAUGCAGAAAUGCGACUUGUGCGGCAAAGAGCUUCUGUCGAGACGUGGCAUCCAGAAGCAUCGCUUACGAUGCGUGAAAAUGACGGUGGAGCGAGCGAACACUAACGAACCGAUACCAAAGAACACCCGGCUAAAACGAGGCCAAUAUCAUUGUCAACACUGCCCCAGGAUCUUCUCCUACAAUCGAAGAUUAGAAGUGCAUAUUAUGAAGAAGCAUUCGCCGUCCGUUAAAGACACUGCGCUAAAGCCGAAAGAGCUGCUGCAGGUUGACCCUUCGGCUAAGGCGAACGUUACCGAAAAGUCAUCGACUUCUCGGAAUAAACCUCGGCGUGUACUUGGCAUUCAGUGUUCCGUUUGCGGCAGGCGGUUUGGUUAUACAAAGCGACUCAGAGAGCAUCAAGCUAUGGUGCACCAUCGUGCUGCAGUUCAGGGGAGUGCCUCUUCGACUGUUGCAGAGAUAGGCGCCUCGAACAUGAACACGUCUGGAAAGUAUGUCUUCAUUAUACCAAAGCCAGGUGAUGGAGAUAACGGUCUGCCUCCUCUGCCUGCUGUAAACCGCUUAACAGGAUCUCCCGCGAUUACUGUCCCGAGAGGAACUCCAUCGAACUCGCAGCCUGGUAGUCACCAAACAGCUAACAGAUUCCUGCAGCCGGAUGAGAAAGAGAAACAAGAAGCUGGAGAGACUGGGUUCGAAGCGCUCUCUGCUCUCGGACGGCUUUCUGCUAAGAUUGGAAUAGAGGAAAGUCUCUUUAACCAGUCCCUCUCGGCUCCAGGAAUGCCUCCUUGGUGGCGAAUGUGAUUGGAAAUCACGUGAUUAUAACAGGUCCUCAUAAAACAGUGAGCCUCGUCCCAGAGCCACGUGAGGUGUCAACCGAAGGAUUUAAAUCAUAAGAGAAAUCGAUGCAUCCUUGUCUCUUUCAUGGCCCUUAUUCGGAGUUAAAACGUAAUUCUCCCAAAGGGAGAGGGAAAAAUUGAGCCAUAAAAUUACUAUAAUUUUGAUACUGAUGAAAAUACUAAAAUAUAACUUACUAUUAAUAUCACACAUUUUCCAUUGUAAAGACAGUGCAACUACUAAUAGAUUGACCACAAAAACCUAAAAAUAUCUGAUACGCAGGUCAGUGAGGAUAUUACCAGUUUUGCUUUUGCCACCAACCACUCUGCCUCAAAGAUAUAUUGAUAGAUAAUGACAAAACCAACCUCUGUCAAUUCAAUAAACACACCAAAAUUCUCUUCAACACCUUACAGUAAAUGUCAACUGCCAUGAUAAAUUCAACUUAAGGGUCAACUCGAUCCUACUAUCAUCAAAGUUUUACCCUUGAUUCAGAAUUUUUAGGAGUAUCACAUAGAAUUCCACAAAAGAUUAAAAAUGCUGUUUACGUUUUGCAAAUCAAAGAACAAGCGAAGCAGAACUUCACGAACACCGAUUACGCAUUCAAACUCUACAACCAAACACACCCAGACAAGCCAGGACACCUCCAAAAGAACCCAAAUUGAUUUUUAUCAACCCAGUGAGCAGCAGAAACAGAGCGAGUCGCUUUUUGUGGGCGGCAGCGCACUCCUUCUUAGCUAUGCAACUUUUCGUUUUCUUUGAACUUUUUGGAGUGUUACUAUACCUUCCUCAAAUGGACUCCAAGCUCACAAAAAUCUACAACAGUCCCAAGGGCUACUGGAAAGGCAUCGCUGCUAUUAAAAAAUUAGCAGAAGCUGCAAAAGUCUCAGAGGAAACUACCAAGCAAUGGUUAAUCAAACAGGCUCUGGCAGACGUCGUGCUACAUACAUUCCUCGCCCUAAAAUUCGACGUAUCGUCAACCAAACCGGUCCACCAAGCGGACCUUCUUUUUCUGCCACAUGACAAGCUGCCUCGUGGCCGCAAAG